AUGCUGCCCAGCUCUGCUGCCGACACGCAGAUGCACAGCAGCUCCACGGCCACCACCAGCGGCUUGGGCGUGGCCACCAGCCCCGUCAUGAGCCCCGCCUUGAGUCCCGCCUUGAACCCGGCCGACGCCGCGGGCGCCGCGUUCUGGGCCGCCGAGGGCGCGCAGUCCUCCAUCAUGUUGCCCUACAUCCGCGACCACGCGGACAAGAUGAUCGCGCGCGUGCGGACCGAGGACCCGCGCACGCACUACAUGGCGCUCAAGCAGGUGCACGACGUGUGUCUGUACCGGCGCAUCACGCAGCCGCAGGACGCGCUCAACGCGGCCAUGGCCAACGCGUCCACGUCUCCUCUGGGCGCGUCGCUCUCGUCGUCCUUCUCGUCCUUGGCGUCCACGUCGCGCCGCGGCCUGAGCAUCACGGGGGACCCGACGGCAUCGGCCGACGGCCACGUACCUGGAGACUACGAGUUCCGCGGCAUCACGCGCGUGCCCGGCUGCGUCGACACGGUCGUGGACAUCCUGGCCAGCGAGUCCGCGCGCGAGAACUACUGGGUCGCGCUCAACACCAUCAAGGACGUCAAGGCGGCCGCGCUGCUCUCCAACGCGCGCCUGCGGACACAGAGCCACUCGACGUCGUCCUCGGUCACAUCCGAGACGGACGGAGACACAACGGCCUACCCCCGCUGGAGUCGCAAGUACACGGCCGCCAAGUUCUCCAAGCACAGCGCGCACGUCAUAGACUGCUGCUUCGCCGAGUACGCCACGAGGCGUACUGAGACCACAGCCGACGGCCACCCCAGACAGCGAGGAUUCGUGUACCGCCGCUCCAUCUCCGAGCACGCGCUGAGCAGCGCGUCUAGUGUGUCGGCCGAGCCGCUGGCCAAGGCAAGAGUGCAGGGAGCGACGCGGUUCUUCAUCCGCGACUGGCUGUUCGACGUCAUUGAGACGCAGGACCCGAUGGUCUGCAAGUUGGUGCUGACCUGCUCGGCGUACGUCCCGACCGAACCCGGACGCACCCCUGCAAUGUCCAGGUCGGAGUUCCGAGACUUCUGCACGGACUUGCUGGUGGGCGCGCGUCGAACGCUCACGCUCCAGUGGAAGGACCACGCGGCCCAUGCAGGUAUCCGUUCGUCUACAUCCUGGCGCAAGGAGACCCGCUGCUGCAGUGUGUGCUCCGCCCAGUUCUCGCUGCUACGGAAGCGCCACACGUGCCGCUCCUGUGGGUCUGCGGUGUGCUCCAAGUGCUGCGUCAAGAAUGCGCCUCAAGCCACAACUAACUUCAACGCGGACAGUGCACGCAGCGGCGGGUUCGGAAGCUCGAUAGUGUCAGGGCCUAGAACGCAGCAGCGUGGAGGCCACAAGCGAGAGUGUCUGCUCUGCGUUCAGUUUGGCCCGGAUGACGGCUUCACCGCAGCUCCCGUUCGUGGGAAAACCACUCGGCCCCGACACCUCUCGACGGCAUCCAUGGCCUCGAUGGCCACGGCAUUGGGACUCGCUGGUUCUACACGAGGCGGGACGGUGUAUGACGUGGAGCAGGAAGAGACCGAUCAAGUGCAUCCGGACUUGGAGAUGCGCUCCACCACGUCUGUAUCUGGAUCGAGGCGCAAGCACAGUCAGCACAGCAUUGGUAGCGUCGGUAGCCAGCGCAGCAUCAGCGGGCCGGACGAUGAGGAGGACGAAUCCGACGAGGACGUCCGGCCAUACACACCGACGCUCGAUCUUCGCGCCACUACGUCCAAGCUCCGAACAGCGUCCACCGAUUCAAGUUUGAGCACGCGCAGCGCCCCCGGAAUCGUCCUGCUGUCGGAUCUGGAGACGCUGACGCUGUCAGGAAGUUUCCACCGCGCGGCCAGCAUGUCAGCAAGAGCUUCGACCAGUCUAACGGCCAGUCUAUUAGCGCGGUCCCCCGUCAGUGCGCGGCUGCCAGCCAAGUCAGCAGCUCCUACCCCCGCGAUGUUGCAGACGGAACAAUUGAAGCAGCGUCACGACCGAGCGGCCUCGGAGGAUAACGUCCUCCUGUUCGCGGCCGCCAAGCCUCGCGUCGGCACGAGGGACGGACCGCAGGAGAGUAGCGCUAGUACGGAGGAGGACGAGGACGUCUACUCGGAGGACGACCUGGCCAACUUCACCCUCAAGCUGGAGGAGCAACCGUAG